AUGAUAGCUCAGAUAUAUGUAGAUGACAUUGUCUUUGGAGGCAUGUCAGACCACAUGGUAGAACAUUUUGUUAGACACAUGAAAUCUGAGUUUGAAAUGAGUCUGGUUGGUGAAUUAAAUUACUUCCUGGGGUUGCAAGUAAAACAAAUGGAAGACUCCAUGUUCAUCUCACAGAGCAAGUAUGCCAAAGAACUAGUUAAGAAGUUUGGUCUUGAAGGUUCAACUCAUAAGAGAACUCCUGCAGCUACUCAUAUCAAGCUAACUAAAUAUGAAAGAGGAUCUGAUGUUGAUCAAAGCUUUUACAGAAGUAUGAUUGAUAGUCUUCUUUACCUCACUGCUAGCAAACCAGAUAUUGCUUUCUCAGUUGGUGUUUGUGCCAGAUAUCAAGCUGCACCUAAAGAGAGUCAUCUGAUUCAAGUCAAGAGGAUUAUAAAGUACAUUAAUGGAACUGCUGACUAUGGAAUCUUUUAUGCUCACAACUCUAAUUCCAAUUUGAUAGGCUACUGUGAUGCAGAUUGGGCAGGAAAUGCAGAUGACAGAAAAAUUACUUCAGAAGGAUGCUUCUUUCUUGGUAAUAAUCUCAUAUCUUGGUUCAGCAAAAAGCAGAAUUGUGUCUCACUAUCUACUACUGAGGCUGAGUAUAUAGCUGCUGGAAGUGAGUGUACUCAACUAUUAUGGAUGAAGCAGAUGUUGAAGGAAUAUAAUGUCGAGCAAGAUGUCAUGACAUUAUACUGUGACAACCUGAGUGCCACCAACAUUUCAAAAAAACCAAUCCAACAUAGUAGGACUAAGCAUAUUGACAUUCGUCACCACUUUAUCAGAGAUUUGGUUGAAGAAAAGAUUAUCACUCUUGAGCAUGUGGAAACAAAUAUGCAGUUAGCAGAUAUUUUCACAAAAGCGUCGGAUGCGGCUAAGUUUGAGGAGUUCAGAGGAAAAUUGGGGAUUUGUGUAAUAACUGACUUAUAG